AUGUCAGCUGACGAAAUCCUACGUCACAUAAUCCGUGACGUCUCUGCACGUGCAACACGAAUCCUUCGAACCCAACGAGCUCAACAUCCACCACUCGUAACCGCCAUAUCAGCCGCCACACUACCAACCACUUUAUUCGCUACGACACCAUCAAAUCCAUAUGCCGGUGGUGUUUCAGAUCGUUUGUCUGCCUUUGUUAUUCGCAGUAUUGUUAUGGAUGAACGUGAAGGAUUUAGAAUUGAAGCUGAAAUGACGAAAGAGCAGGUUGAAAAGCUGGUGAAACGCGCUUCUGAUUUGACGGGUGGGGCUGUUGGUGGGAUUGUGUGGGAGACUGUUAGGAUGCAGGUUGAGUUUGAUGGCGGAUUUGGAAAUCAAGCCGAGUUUCUGUCCAAGGAGAAACAAGCUCGAAUUCAAAGUGUGUCGAAUGUCGCAAAGGAGAUUUUGGAGGCUAAGACCAAGUCGAUCGCUGCUUACGACGCUCUCUAUGGCAAAAUCAUAACGUAUUUACUGGCAAGAUCAUACAUUGGAUCACCUACAGAUUUGAAGGCCGUUCGUGAAACUACAGCUGCUCUUGAAUCUGUCUUCCCACCAUCAGAAUUGGGAGCCUUCAUUGCUCUCGGCAGACAAGAACGAGAGGCACAAUUAACAGGUCUCAUGCAACUCGUCAUGGGAAUUAGAUUGUUCAAUAUGAAGCUUGGAAAGGGUGGUGAUUCUAUUGAAAAAUUGCCCGAUCUGUGUAAUCGCGAAUUACGAGAACUUUCCGACCUAGUUAAGACAAUGAUGACCUCUUCCGAAAAUCUCGUGCAAGUUUAUUCAGCCGCAAUUCAAUUCCUCUCACAGCAAGAAUAUGCACCCGAAACACCAUCAAUCACUCAGCUGAAAUCAGGCCUAAUUUUUCAACGACAACUGUUAACCUACUUGGACGCUCUUGAAGAUACGUGCCAAAGAUCAAAUACGGCAUUGACGGCUCUCAGCGCUCGUUUCGAGUCAAGUAUCCAGGAAUUGAAAUCCACGUGUCGGGCCAAGACUGCUGUGCCUGUUGAUCAAGUUUACCCACAAUUCAUUGCUAUCUCAGCCUUAUGGAUGGCAUGGCUAGAUGAACUGUACUUGCUAGCAUUUAGACAAGGACUCGUAUCACAAUUAGAAGCUCAUUCCCGGAAUGCCUUUGUGGAAAUUCCAGAAUCGUUGAUGAAUUCUCUUGAUCCAUUGAAACGGGACAUUGAACCUGAGAUUCUUAAUGAUCAAUCAAUCAUUGCACGUGCAACAGAAGUCAUGGUUGCCAUACCACCUUUGAAUCGUGCUAUAGAAGUCAUUCAUCCUGGAAACUCGACACAGUAUUGGAAGUUGCCUGUUGAAUACGGCGGAUACUGCCCAGUAACGCUAGUCCAACAACAAGGCCUUCUUGUACCCGGCGACAAAUCGAUCUGCCUCUUGAAAUACCGAUCACGGUUGUUUGCUGUAGCUAGUAAAGCAUGCGCUCUAGCAUUUGCCAGAAACCCAGACGGAAUCAUGGAACAAGUGCUGGAAUGGGGUCGCCAAAGUCCUGACUUGGUGGGAGUCUUGUGUUUGGCCGGGUGGUUUCCUACUGUGGAAGUCUUAGAUAAUGCAAAAUUCUUCCCCAAGAACAAGCUCUUUACAAGACCACCGCUAUGUGCUGAUGCUGCAAGCCAAGUCGAUACGCAUAUCGUGGACCAACAUGUGGAUCCAAAGUACCAGUGGAAUGAAUGGGAGCUUCGAAGGCAGGCUUUGAUGCUGGUCGCACUGAAAACCAAACUGACACAUUCAGCACAAACGGAUGUUUCACACUUCCGACGCGAUUCUGAGACUCAGCACUACCAGCCAAAAGUCCAAGAAACGCAAACAAGACGUGACGCAGGAACAACCAUACCCAAGAAAGUCAACUAUAUGGCUGGUCUACGUGGAAGCACUCAACCAGGAAAGUUCAAGAUACUGGAUUUGACAAUAGAACGGAAGUAA